CCACAUUCUAAAAUAAUGUCAUUUCAGAAAGCGGUCUGGCGUGACGUCACAUCACGCAUGCGCACACGUGCUCCAUUGAGCCACUGCCGUAUUUCCUGCUUGCUGCUGUUUCCAGCCGAAGCAAUGGCAGCACUUCGGGUGUCCCUGCUUUACGGAGUCAUUGCAGCUUUGAUAAGCUCAACCGUGCAGGUCUUUGUGGAAGAUCUGGAUGACACGUUUAAAGAAAGCAGAGUGAAUGAUAUUUGGCUGGUUGAUUUCUACGCGCCAUGGUGUGGCUACUGUAAGAAACUGGAGCCCGUGUGGCACCAAGUGGGCGCCGAGCUGAGGAGCUCCGGUUCGCCGGUCCGAGUGGGGAAGAUGGAUGCCACUGCAUACUCUGGAAUGGCGUCAGAGUUUGGCGUGCGUGGCUAUCCUACGAUAAAACUGUUAAAGGGGGACCUUGCCUAUAAUUACAAGGGUCCGAGGACAAAAGACGACAUUGUGGAGUUUGCCAACAGGGUAGCGGGGCCAGCUGUUCGAGCCCUCCCCAGUAAGCAGAUGUUUCAGCACAUGAUGAAGAGACACGACGUGCUCUUUGUCUACGUGGGCGGCGAGUCUCCCCUCAAAGAGAAGUAUAACGACGUCGCCACUGAGCUCAUCGUCUAUACGUACUUCUUCUCCGCCUCUGAGGACGUCUUGCCAGAGUCCGUCACCUUGCCAGAGGUCCCUGCGGUCAUCGUCUUUAAAGAUGACGCCUACUUCACAUACGACGAGUACGAGGAUGGCGGUUUGUCCGGGUGGGUGAACAGGGAGCGCUUCCAAGGGUACCUGCCGAUCGAUGGCUUCACGCUGUACGAGCUUGGAGAGACAGGCAAACUGGUGGCGAUUGCAGUCAUCGACGAGAAGGACCCCACAGAGGAGAGUGACAGAUUAAAAGCCAUGAUUCAGACGGUGGCCAGGGAAUACAGAGAGCACCUUAACAGGGACUUCCAGUUUGGACACAUGGACGGGAACGACUACAUCAACAGCCUCAUCAUGGGAGAGGUGACGGUGCCUUCGGUUAUCAUCCUCAACACAUCCAACGAGCAGUACUUCCUGCCCAGCCAGCCCACAGAGACCACGGAGCAGCUGGUCCAGUUCAUCAGCAGCGUUUUGAACGGUUCCGCGCAGGCGCACGGGGGUGACGGCUUCAUUCAGAGGAUCAAGCGUGUGGCGUUCGACGCCAGAUCCACCGUUAUGUCGGUGUUCCGCAGCUCUCCGCUACUGGGCUGCUUCCUAUUCGGGCUCCCGCUGGGCGUCAUCAGCCUCAUGUGCUACGGCAUCUGCACAGCCGAGACGGACGACGGCUCCGACGACUUCAAGCGGGAGGGCCUCACGGACGAGGAGGAGGAGGAAGAUGAUGAUGAGGAUGAGAGGGAGGAGACGGGCGGGCUGGAGGGCCCGGACGAUGAAGCGGAGAAGGACCCCGAAGAGAAGAAAACGGAUUAACGCUGGGGAUGGAUGGAUGGAUGGCGGAUGAUGGGCCGAGUCGGCUGCGGUUGGCGUGGGACUCCAAGACUCAUCCAUGACGCAUCAUCUGUGGCGAUGGUCUUAGUUUUCCAUCUCACUCACUUACCCCCCCCCCACACUUCCAAGCCUUUCUCCCGUAUUUCUGAAUCUUUAUUUAAAACGGCCUUCACCACAAAAACACCGGAGUCUGGGACCCAAACCCCCUCGACGAACCAGAUCUCGGUUUUCCUGCUCUAGCCUCCCGUAGAACACAAGUCAAUGUUGCCUUCAAACGUGUCGGUUAAUCAUCCAAACGUGAAAGUGCCCGAAACGGAAACGCUGCCAUAAAUGAGUUGCGCUUUUUUUUUAGUUUUCCAUGUUGUUGCACGGGAAUGUUUCCUUUUUCAGGGGGGUUCCAAGUGGUCCUCGGUUUAUGGCUCCCAUUUAAUGAAUUAAAAACAUCACAUUGAUAACACGCUGGCUGAGGAAUGUGUGCCGCAUCAUUAUGCCUCCCAAGCGGCAGUGCGCCAAAGAAAAGGAAAGCCAUCAUUAUGGUAAUGGGAAUAGAAAUGAACAUGGUUUAAAAAAAAAAAAAAAACCCUCUGGGGUCCUUUUUUUUAAUUUAAUACACGUUGAAGCCCUGACGGGACGAAAAGUCUACUCCCAAAACUAUUUUUAACAAUUAGUUUUUCCUACUUUUUUUGGCUUAGACCUGUCAAUCAACUUGACUUCUAUUAUUUUAACCCUAUAAAUACCCAUUUUAUUCAAUGAUGUCACAUACACAAUGAUGUUUGGCAGCUGGGCCUCUGGUUGGCCUCCAAAAAAUCUGAAAUUUUAAUUUUCUGAUUUUUCAGAUUUUUUCAUAACUCAAAAUCCUUCCAAAUAAUAAUUGACCCGCAUAAACAAAAAUGUUCUUGGAGACCCCGGAGGGUUAAAAUCGAUGAGAUAUUAGCCGCCCUUUCGGUCCGAACUGCUCAACUACCAGAACCAUAAAUGAUUAUGAAUGCUACAGGGUCAUGGAUUCUAUGCGCUGUUACGAGGGACUAUUUCAAGAUUCAUUUUAUUCUUGUAUUUCAUAUCUUCCUACUGUUCCAACAUGUUAUGUUUGUGUACGUGUGUACAGUGUGAGUGACUUAGGAGGCUAAUUUAGCCAUG